UCUGGCCGUGGAUGGGAGUAAUUGCCGCAUAGAAGCUGUUCCCUUGCCAGUUUCGCAUUUCAUACCGCCAUAAUGGUGAAAUACUGAAGAUUAAAUGCACUCUCCAAUUUUAUAGUCAGACGCUAAGCGGGACGCACUUUGCACCAUGUCAGCCAACGCGCAGGAUUAUGACUUUGAUGAAUAUGACAAACCCGGUGCUGAGCGGUCACGCAGGAGGAGAGGUGAAGAUGAUGAUCUAGAGAGUGAUUUGGAAGAGGAUUUGUUGGAGGAGGAUUGGCUGUCAGGUAAAAAGAAUCCCUCAGAAGUGUCAGAUGAAGAGCUGAAUGACGACCUUCUACAAAGUGAUGAUGAAGAUGUAAAUAUGAGCGGCCAGGAUGUGAGCCUCAAUGCCACAUACAGCUUGGGCACAACCUAUGACCAGCAGGAAAACUCGCAGGAAGCAGACUACACAGAUGACGUUGUGAACCUGGGCGCAGAGGGCUGUGAAGAGGGUGAUGUAGAGGAGGAGGGGUACCAGCAAGAGGGGGAUGAGGAGUACACGCAGGGAUACAGCCAGGACACCAGCACAGAGAUGCCUGAAGACCAAAUGGAUUACACUGGAGAGGAAGCUGAGGGUGACGAUGGCUAUCAGGAUGAAGUGCUAGACAUCCAAAUCAAUGAGCCAAUAGAUGGUGAAUUUCAAGAUGAUGACUAUCAAACCUCCUAUGAUGAUCAGCGUCUUGAACAUGGAGUCCAACAGGAAGAGGCCCCUGAGGAAGAGGAGGAGGAGGUAGGGGGAGAAGAGCAGCAGGAAGAAGAGGAGGAAGAGGGAUCUCAGGCCUUUGACACAGAGGAGGUUGAAAAUGAAGCUGUGGAAGAAGAAACAAAAGAGGAAUCUGAUGAGGAGGAUGAGGAAGACGAAGAGUCUGGGCGCAUACGGUUCAAAUCUGAGAGAAAGGAUGGCGUUGUUGUGCGGUUGGCUGAUGCAGGCAGUAAAAGCAGGAACAUCCCUGAAACACUCGAACUGUCUGAGAAGGCCAAGCAGGAUUUGAUGGCGUUUGAGGAACAAGAACGGCAAAAGAGGCAAAACCGUUACGGAGGCCGAGGCAGAGGAGGAGGGCGAGGAGGCAGAGGAAGAGGAGGUUUCCCACCUUUUGGAAUGGUAGAUUUUAGAGGAAACAGAGGAAGAAUGAAUGACCAGAGGAUCCCCCUGAUGGGAAACAUGGGCAUGCAGCAGCCAUCCUCCCGAAUGCCUCCUCCUCAUCAGCUUCAUCAGCAGCAACUGCAGUCCCAGCAGCACCACCCUUCGCGUCCAAGAGGACCUCCUCCCUUCCAAGAGCAUGGGCGCCCGCUGGCCCAGCAGCCCCUUCAGCCCCUCAUCCCCCCGCACAUGGCUCACCGCUCCCCGCCGUUGCGGCCCCAGAUGGAGCCGCCACCACGAAUGAUGAGCUCCCCGCCACCCAACUUCCCCCAGCAUCACCAGCAGCAGCCUCCACAGCCCAAAAACAUCCAUAUUAACCCUCAUUUCAGAGGGCCUACGUCGUCCUCUGUACAAGUGCCCUUGAUGCCUCCUGCUCAGAGCCAGCCCAGACCUGCUGUGGGUCCUCAGAGGUUCCCUGGGCCGGGAGACUUCCAGCAGCACAUGUCUGGUAAUUUUGGUCAGCCCCAGCGGCCCCCUCAUCACAUGGAGCCCUUUAGGAACCAGCCACCUCAAGGCCCCCAAGACAGAGAGCCCCUCUUUAUGGGAGAGCGCACAGAGUCAACACGGUUUCCAGGGCAGCACAUGUUUGAUCACCAGGGCCCCAGCCCUCUGAUGAACAACAGCCACAACCUCCACCAGCAGCAGCAGCUGCCCGGCCAGGGCCACAUGGGCUUUGGCCCACCAGGACCGGCCUUCAACCAGCCCGGCCAGGGUCCGCUAGGACUUUUUCCAAGAGAACCCCCAAGACCCAACCUCCCUCCCCACCAAGGUCACCAGGGAAUGAUCGGCUUGAAUCAACAAGGCGCCCCUCCCAACCAGCCCCGACCCUUCAUGGGCCCUCGUCAGCCGUUUGGCCAGCAGGGGAACCUUUUCCCUCCUCCACAAGUCCAGUUUGGGAUGCAGGUACGAUUAAGAGGCUUAAUGCACGGCCCUCCUGUCUCCCAGCUUCAGCACCAUGACUCCAUGCCAUCCCAUCAGCCCAUGCACCAGCAACAUCAUAGACAGGACAUACCACAUCAUCAGCAGCAGCAGCUAAAUGUCAAUGAGCCUCGCCCUAUGAUGCAUCAUGGCCAGAAUCCCUUCCACCAACAGCAGGCGCAUAGUAGCCCCAGGCAGAUGACUCCUCGCCCUCAGAACCCACAACAGCGAAACAUGUCCAACAGGCAGAGGAUGAACGCACCUAUCUCCAAGCAAAUGCAGCAGCGCAACAGCAACCUACGGGAGCUCCCUGUAGCACCUGGCAACACAAACAUGAACAGUGCCUGCUCCGCCGCCAGCGUUAGGCCUGUUGCCAGGGCAACACAGGGGGUGCGUCCCGGGCAGAACACUCAGCUGGUGUCUGCCAGUGGCAGAGGAAGAGGCCAAGUUGCUGCCAAGACUGAAUCACAGCCUGGGGGAGAAGGCAGGACAGUGGUUCGCAAGGAAAUCCCAAGCACAGUGUCCAGCACUGCACCACAGAACCCAGAUGAGGAUGAGGAGACACGGCAGUACCGUCUGAAGAUUGAGGAGCAGAAGCGUCUAAGAGAGGAGAUCCUGAAGAGAAAGGAGAUGCGACGGCAGAUGCAGGCUGGCGUCAGAAAGAAGGAGCUGCUGGACAGACUCAAUUCCCAGACAAACACUCUGAGCCAAAACCCAGCUCCUUCACAGAUUCAGCCCUCACAACAAAAUCGGCAAACGCCCCACCCUGUACCACAACCACCACAACAACCACAGCAGCAGGAACAAAAACAGCAGCCUCAACAACUACAGCCACAUCAGCAGAGACAGUUUCCUCAGAGAACACCACAAUCAUUAAAUCAAUCACUAAAGAAUCCUAAUCAAGGCACUCCCAUCCCUCCCAACGGCAGCGCUCAGACUCCUACACCACGUCCCAAUGUCAAGACACGCCUCCAGAUGGUAAAAAGUGGCACCCAGCAGCAACAGACCCCCGGGCCUGGUCCAGACCAGCAAUGGAAGCAGCCCCAACAAAAUCAGCAGCAGCUGCUACAACAGCGAAGGAACAGUGCUGUGCAGAACGUAAACAGGCCUGCUCAGAUCCAGCCCAAUCAGGACCCUCAAAAGAACGUACCAGUAACUCCCUCUGUGGGCCGUGGCCAAGCUCAGAGCCAGGCUCAGGCUCAAGGACCCAAACCUGGGGCUAAAAGAACUGUGAUGCAGCGGGCCAAGAAUUUCGAAGGCCAGCAGGUGCCGCAAAAAGUCAGAGUCGUCAAACUUUCAGGAGCGAGCGGAAAGGGGCCUGUGGCCACCGACAGCACAGUGCAGCAACAGGGCACCUGGUCGGCAACCCCGCUCAACCAGGCCGUCCAAAGGAAGAUCACCAUGACAGGACAGCAGCAGCAGGGACCAGGCGGAACACCGCAGGCUAGCCGAGGGGGCAUGGGCAACCCACAGCAAAGCAGGGUUGUCGUGUCGGGCCGGGGCCGAGGUAGAGGGGGUGGUCAGAUGGGUCGAGGUCGUCCUGUGCCCACCAGACAAAGCCAAAGAGGUGCAGAGCGGGAACGCUGUACUGUGUCAAUAGAGGGUCUCUCCUCAUCCACAACUGACAUUCAACUGAAGAAUCUUCUGAGGUCCAUCGGCCCCAUAGAGAUGUUCAAAAUGAUGCCCCAGCAGAGGAAAGCAGUCGCCACAUUUUCCAAUGCCGAGCAUGCAGCGAGUUUUCAAAUGAGCUUCCACAGGCACAUGAUAGAUUUGUCCCACAUUGAUGUGUCGCUGAUUGAUGGAUGAGGAGCACAAUAAGAGCCAGGGAGUCCUGUCACAAGACGUCACUUUCUCCCAACGUGGGAGCCUCUCAUGCACAGCUCCAACCUGGCAUAGGAGCAUUUCUUCAGCCUUUUGGGAGUUGCGCGUUGUUGACGUCUCUGCACAGAAGCAUCAUUCAUCUCUUUCAACUUGGAACAGUGAACACAAAGACCUUGGCUGCCAGCAUGCCAUCGUUUAACCUUAUCUACCAAUUGUCCAUUGUUGUAAAAUGGCACUGGAGAGACACUGUUAACUGACAGUUAAUCCUAUUUUUAUGUAGAUUGUGACGAAUGUUUUGCGCAUCUUACAUGGACACUUAAGUAGAAGUUAUCACAGGAUAAUGGUUGCUCCCCUCCUCGGUUAGAUUCAUUGUUAAAAGAAAAGAACAUACAUUAUUGUAAUUCUCAUGUGACCACUUGAUAGUAGUUUUUUAUUAUUUGUUGCUUGCUGUUUGGAUCGAAUGCGGGAUGUGGUAAUGGCAGACUGGCCACUCUUCUCGCACACAGUAGCAGUAUUUCUCCCCCUCUGUAGAUGGCAGUAUUUCAUUACUAAUGGUGCUUCAUUUUUUCCAACUCAAGUCCGCUUUCAGGUACAGAUGAGUCUCCGUCAGUUUUUUGGUGAAUGGCACUACCUAGUGGAGAAGUUGCAUACAGGCACAGAGGUGCAUGAUUUUAACAUUUGUCACAUGGCAUCGACUGGGACCAAAUUGGAGGAUGUAACAUUAAUGUUUUUUCUAAAUUUGGGAAUUGUACAUGUCGUGACCCUCCUGUAGAUUUUGUGGUGCUUUUCAGUUUCAGUGCUGCUUCUGGGACAGAUUGUUCAGAUCAUUUCUCGUUUAGGUUAGUCAAUUUGGUCAUUUGGCGUAGCUCCUUGUUCUAAAUGUUAUUACGUCUUUUAACUGUUACCUUUUGGAUGUCUGUUUUAGUUGUACAUGCGAUAAUGGAGUAAAUAGAUCCAGGUUUCUAAAUAUGCUGAGUGUGCUGUGAAGGAAUGCGCAUGCACGUUUUUUUCUUUCUUUUUUGUUUUAGAUUUUUAAGAUUACAAUUUAAAUGCAUAUUGUUGCGGAUUUAAAGUUCAUCAUAGAUUUGGUAGGUCACAGAGAAUUGCCUUCAAUUCUCCACAGGAUGCACACACAUUAUGUACAUUUUUGCUCGGUUAUGCAUCAGGUUUAAUUUGCUCUGGUUUAAUGGAUCUGAAUCUGUGUGACUAUCAGCUGGUGUCUUUUCACUGAGCUGCAUAGUGUACCUGGAAGAGCACUGUGAGCAGUUUGGCUUGACACCGAGCUGAUAAUGUAGAUGUUUGGCAAAAUAAAUUCACCGUAAUAUUUAGCCCCAUGAAUUGAAUUCCCCUCAUUACAAUAAAAACAUCCUCUGUAAUUUCGGUUCUGUUAGUCCUACAUAACAAUACGUUUCUUCAGAUGUGUGAGAAAUUGUUAUACAAUCUCUAAUACAUCACUUUAUUUUAAUUGCCUCUGAACAUGUGCCCUUGUUUGGGGAGUGUUACCACAUCAUUGAAAACCUUAAAUUCUCUAAAUACUUAAUUUCCGUUUCUGGCUCUUUGAUUUCAUGAGGCGUCUUUAUUCAAGUAAAUAUAUCCCGUUAGACUUCAGGAGCAUUUCCAUAAUUCCUUGAUUUUUUUUUUCUUCAUCACACAACAUUUUUGUCUAUUCUGGUAUUAAAGUUAUUAUCUAUCUUUUAGAUAUCCACACGGUUACCCAUGUUUACUAAUAACUGAAUUUCAGAGGUGAAUGUCGUGUACGUUAUUGGCAGGAAUGUGGAAUAAGGAGCCGAGGGGGCAACGAUUAUCUAAGUGGUGAUCAUGUACAUAAUUAGAACGUUCUCUAGAUAUUCAUCCUGUUUAAUUUUUUUUUUGAGUUAUUCUUUACCUCUGUUGUAUCAAGUAAAACAUUUUUAUAUGUAAGGAUAUACUGAUGUGUCCAGACAUAAAUCAUUUUACAAGUGUUUUGUUUCUAAUCUAGAGCCAAAAUGAAGAAUGACUGGACAACAUUUCUGUUUAUAAGACAUUUGACAAAAAGUUUAAGGGAAAACAAGAAAAUAAAAACAUGGCCAAUAUACCGUGAGCAUGCAGGUAUGUGAAGCCGGUUAAACUUUAGCCCAAAGAUGUGUGGUUGUGUGUGAUGUCCAUGUGUCCGGUGCCUUUACGAUGAAUAAUCGUUCUUAUUUGUGCUGCAUUUUAUUCAUUUAUACAUAUUCUGUAAGUUCCUGGGUAUUCAACUUGCAACAUAUCACAUAUACGUUCAAAAACAAUUUAGCACCUUGUAUGGCAAGAAAUACUAUAGGCUUAGGGGGAUGCCACUGAAUUUGGGAAUUGAAAUUAUUUGAUUCAGAACCGGAAACACAAGAAUUUUGUCCUGCUUUGACUGUGAUGUCAUGCUAAUGUUCAGCUCCAAACAGCCCUGACAUGCUAGAAGUGUAGCAGUAGGCAAAGCAAAUGUAGCAGCACUUUAAAUGAUUUCCCUGGAUUUUUUAAUGUAUUUAUUCGGGUUGGAAUAAGCCAUAAUGUGAAGAUAAUUUGGAGGGUUAACAUCACACAUUUAGCCUCUUUAGUUCCUGUUAGUAAACCAGCUCGGGGCUGUGCAUCUGAAUGACAUCGCUGAUUAAGUUCUUGGUUCUCUGGUUUAAAGACUUGGAAAAGAGCUUUUCAUAUUCACAAAUACUCAUUGGCGUCCAUCUGUGACUGCAUGUGUGCGUCAAAUUAAUAAAUUUAGUGGUAUUUCCCUUAAAUUAGCUGUUACUUCAAAACCCAGUAAGUUUUAAAAUAAGCUGCACAUGCGUGAUUCUUGCCAGCGAAGGUCUCUACAUUCGCAACAUGCUUCAAGUAUCAAAAGCAUUGAGACAAAAGGGUGAAAUGUCUUAACUCCUUAAAUUCCUUCUUACUUCUUGUAAAACCUGACUUUGCGUGGUUUUUAAGUCUUUUUGUAUGUUUGUACAGUUGUUCUAAACUGACUUCUUUAUGUUUUUUUUCCUUUUGUUAUUGGUUGAACUGAUGUAGAGGUUUUUGUUCCCUAACAAUGUGUAUUUAAUGUCUUUCAUGUUGUGUGUUACACUUGGCUUUUAGAGCUGUGGUAAAUCCUGUGGAUUUGAAAAAGUAUCAGCAAUGCCAUUGAUGGUAUAUUGGUAUAAGACAUCUGGUCUUGUAAUGACAGAACAGAUUCAUAUUGAAUCUAUGUGUACCUUAGUUUUAAGAAUUUAGGACAUACAUGUACCUUGAACUUUCAGGUAUGAUGUUCGACUUCUCAAAGUAAUUUCCUUGAGGAAAAUUGUGCUCGAUUAUGAUCUGAUUGACAUUUAUCUAUAUAACUAGCAGGAUGGUUUUCCAAUCACAUCACUUCCUGUAGCAUAUUUAGAUAUUUGAUUAAGCUCAUUUGUGGCACAUGCAUGGGGUUUUAUUGUUCUUUUAAAAGAGACCUUCAUCAUGGCUGCUGUAUUUAAUUCUUUAGAUGAACUUUGGGUUGAUAGGCAACACAAGCUGGGUCGGGUUCAACACUAACCUAAAACGUUUUUUUUUUCCUUCAGGUCCAUUCGCUGCUGAGGUUUUGCAGACUGGCUGAAAUAAUCAUUUCAUUCUUUCCUUUUUCUACAGGUCACAUCACUUCAGCAGAGCAGCCUCUCAAGCUGUCAUCUGUGAGGUUGCUGGACGCCAAAGCAAAGUUAACGGACCAUACCAAGGGUUUAGCAUGUUUUAGCAAGUCAACAGAUUAGGUUAUAAAUGUGUUAUAAUUGAUUACUGACCACCAAAAAUUAUAGCUACACUUCCCAACUUAAAGGCAGCUGUUGGUUUUAGUUCAUGCUAACACUGUAUGAAAAUCAGCUUGCUUACGAUUGGUAGUCCAUCACAUUGAACUCUCCGUUGGCUCUACUUUUUGACAAAGUUCAGUUAUAUUUGCAUGAUGCAGCAGUUGAUAUUAUUGGUUCCCUGUUGAUGCAUUUAGGUUCUUUUUGCAAGCUCCAACAUCUGAAAUUUGAGUUGGGUAGUUCAUAGUUUGUCCCUCUGAUGUAAAAAUUAAAGAUUAGCAGGUCAUUUGAGACCAGUUGCUACUGUUUUAAACACAUUUCCAUUUUCUGAAAAGCUUUUCUGUCCUGCUGGUAUGAGAAAUAGUUCAUUUGCUGCAUGUUGUAUGCAACACAUCGCCAAACUAAAAGUUUUUAAUCUACUUUAUUUAUCAUUCCUGAACAACCAAGAAGAUACUGUAUGCCAUCUCCACUUCUUGUCCUCGGUUGAAUUAAUAGUUGCACCUUGUUUAUUUAAGCUCACGGUACGCAUGGAAUAUUUUUUGUACCAGCAAAAAGCAGCUUUAAACUUUCUUUUUAUUUGCCUUGUAGUAUCUUUUAGGAAGCCAGUGGCUUAAACUAGGACCUAAUGUAAUUGUUAAUGCAGAAGUCUUAAAAGUAGGUGUAUUGCUUACAUGAGAGGUACAAACGGGUUGAGCAAAAGCAUCCAAAACCGGUGGUAUGGUCCAACACUUGCGGUGCUCCAGGUGUAAACACACUGGGCUGUUUGAUGUUGUAGCUGCACAGAUGUUUUGUUCUGGGUGGCACUAAUGGAGGUGGUUCUUAUGGAAACACACCUGAUGUGACCACCGGUCUCUACCUCCAGUGUUAUUAACACAUGAAUUUUUCAACAGCGAACUGGUGAAAGGAGCCAUUGACCAGCUUUAGCCAUGAUUCUGCUCUGUCACUUUUCCUGCCUUAACUCACCCACUUAACACUUGAGGUUCUCUUACAGCGUCCAGCCUUGGAAUGAAGAUCUUGCUUGAGCUUACCUUCAUCACUAAAUUGAUGUUGCAGCAUUCAGAGUAUUGGGCCUUCCACGUUUCCUUCCAUUACUGCUUUUCCUGCCAUCACUUCCAACUUGCAUAUAUUUGACAGUUGCUCAUCUUAUCCUUGAUGCUGCCGUUGUUGAAUGAACUUAAGACUUCUGUAUCAAGCAGGGUGGCCUACCUGGAUUACCAUUGUUUGUUAGCCCAGUGGAUGGAGGUUUCCAUCUCUGUGACGACAGCCGGGCUCACAGGGCAGACUCGUAACUCUGAAGCCGCUUUACGGCUUUCACUGCACCAAAGGUCCAUCCAGCUUCUUGACAUGCAUUGUUUGGUUGGAUUUUGAAAAAGACACUGCAGUGGUCUCUUCAUCUCGAACAGUACGGUGCACCAAAUAAUGCCUGAAAAUCCAACCUCGGGUUUUGACUGAAACUGUUGACAAUCCAUCCUGUCGUGUGUCCACACUUUGAUGUUUAACAUGAAGAAAUCAUGUUUUGUGUUGGAAAACUCUGAAAUGCUGUAAAUGAUGUGAUUUUCAAAAGAGAUUGUGUGUUUUUAAAAGAAACUAAUUCUUAAAGAGAUGGAAUGUGUUAAAUUUGAUACCAGAAACUGGAGAAAAAUAAAACUUUUCUAUAGAC